GCUCUGCCACCCACUGCUGCUUAUCAACUGAAAGAAAUUUUUAAUUUGUAUGACGAAGAACUUGAUGGUAAAAUCGAUGGUUUACAAAUCGGUGAUGUUAUUCGUGCUGCCGGUUUAAAACCAACAAAUGCCAUGGUGAUUAAAGCAAGUGGUCAGGAAUAUAAACGGAAAGGAGAAAAACGUAUAACUUUCGAAGAAUGGCUACCGAUUUACGAGCAACUUAGCAAAGAAAAGGAACAAGGAAGCUAUCAUGAUUUCCUGGAAGGUUUUAAAGUUUUCGACAAAGAAGAAUGCGGAAAGAUAAUGUCAGCGGAGGUUAGGCACAUUUUACUUGCUUUAGGAGAACGAUUAAAUAAGGAUGAAGUCGAUGAAAUCAUGAAAGGAAUAGAGGACGCAGAAGGAAUGGUUAACUAUGAUGGUGAAUUUUUUAGUAUUAUACUCAAGUUCAAAUAA